AUGGACGGAAGCAGGGUGUCCGACUUCAGCAUCGAGCGCAUCCUCUCCCCGCAGCUCGGACACAAGCCGCCGGCGACGGAGCUCCCACCGGACGGGUGUCUCCAGGGGAUCCCCGGCGGAUUCGGUCUGGACUCCGGGCAACUCAGACCCCCUGCGCCGGUCCCAGUGCCGGUCCCGGCGCCAGGCUGCCUGCAGUACCAGGGGAUGGGCUUCGGGGAGGCGUUUUACCCGUACGGGGCCGGUUUCCAUCGCGCAGACUUCGGCGGCGUUUACCCAAACUCCGGAGUCUACGUGCACCUGGACUCUGCAGCAGAUUCUCAGGCGUUGCCGGGUUACCAUGGCUACCAGCAGGCCGCGGCGUCCGCGCAGUCGCAUCCGCGCCAGAAGGCCCGGAUGAGGACGGUGUUCACGGACAGUCAGGCCAAGCAGCUGGAGGCGCUGUUCGAGCUCACCGACUACCCGCCGGCGGAGUCGCGGGCCGACGUGGCGAGGAGCACCGGGCUGAGCGAGGAGACGGUCCGGGUGUGGUUUAAGAACCGCAGGGCCAGGAGGAAGCGGCAGCGCAGCGGGUCAAAGGUCAAGUCCCCCUCCCCUCCCCCCUGCACCGGAGCAGAGAAGAGGCUCUUCACCUCCUUCCUCUGA